GAAACUUCUGAGAACCUCUGCUGGCAUCCUCGUCGCCCUGAUUCGGCACUGCAAUUCCAAACCCCCCUAAAGAACAGACGCUAAGCACCUCGAUAAUAUUCACAAUGGGGUCAAUCCACGAUUCCCGCAUACACAAGUGGUUCGCAACCUCGCCUCCGGUCGCAUGGACGAUCAGACAGCUACGAGAGAUCCUCAUUGGGUCCCUUAAACAGGGUCCAAUCCCGCAACAUGUGGCGUUUGUCAUGGACGGGAACAGGCGGUUUGCACGCAACCACCACAUUGAGACUGUAGAAGGGCAUAAUCUGGGGUUUGAAUCGCUGGCUCGGAUCCUCGAAGUGUGCUACAAGACCGGGGUGAAAGUGGUGACAAUCUAUGCAUUCAGUAUUGAGAACUUCAAGCGUUCGAAGCAUGAGGUGGAUGCGCUCAUGUCCAUGGCCAAGGUAAAGCUGCAACAGCUAGCCGAGCAUGGUGCUUUACUGGACCGCUACGGUGCAUCCAUUCGAGUUUUGGGUGAGCGCGAGCUUGUCAACCCUGACGUGCUUAUGGCUAUAGACAAGGCCGUGGCCAUGACUGCCCACAACAAGAAGGCUGUCCUGAAUGUCUGCUUUCCUUACACGUCGCGCCAUGAAAUCACGACCGCUGUCAUGAAGACUGUCGAGACGUAUAGCACCCCUAUGCACAACCUGUCUACUUCGCCGAAACGCGCCUUUUCCGAAUCGCACAUUACGCAGCAUAUUAGGAAGCAAAUGUUGGAGGAGGAUGCAGAUAGCGCACUUGAACAGCCCGAGUCACGUCCGGCGUCGCCUUCGAAAGAAGCUGCCUCAGCGGAAGAUGGGCGGUCUUCGUCGACCGCAACAGUCAUUAAUCCACCAGACAAGGACGAGUCGCAGACGGAACCUACAUUCCUGGAUCCUGAGUCAAUUAGUGCCCAGACACUGAACGACAACAUGAUGACAGCCGACGCUCCACCGCUCGAUUUGCUUGUCCGCACUUCUGGUGUGCAACGACUGAGCGACUUCAUGCUGUGGCAGGCUCAUGAGAAUACGUCCAUUGUGUUUCUCAAGUGCUUGUGGCCCGAGUUUGAUCUUUGGCAAUUCCUGCCCGUACUAGUGGAGUGGCAGUGGCAGCAGAAGAAGCUGCAAGAGGAGCAGCAGCGUAUUCGUGGGCGGUCAAAGUCAGAGUAAUACAUACACCGGAGAAACAGUUGAUUGGAGGUCGCGGUCGAAGGAGGCAGAUCUAGACUUGAGCGCGCAUCAAAGAUACCCAGAAUCAAGUAUUCCAUCCAUCCCCUAAUGCACACUACAACAAGCCAUCGCUUAGACUACCGGUCGAUCUGGCGGGACUGUGGCCCUCGAAGGCGCCUGCGUCGGCGGUAUUUAUAUAGAACUCCUAGUUUCGGCGGCAGGCCUGG